GCACUGGAGGGAGUCCCCGGCCGCGCCCGGCGAGGCAGGGCUCGGGCCGGGCCAAUCCCAGGCGACCGGGCGGGCGAGCCCGGGGCCUGGCCCGCCGGGCUGAGCAACUGGGGGUGGAGGACAAUGGGCCAGUUCCUGGUGCGUCACGGGGGAGUUUCUUAAAGGGGAAGUGAGCGGAGCUACAGGGCGGACGCAGAGUGCGGUGGUCGGCCGGGGAGGUCCCCGCGCUCUAAAAUAAUGCCCGCGGCGGUCUCGCGACCAUGCAAUGGCGAGCGCUCGUCCUGGGGCUGUUGCUUCUCCGGCUCGGCCUCCAUGGAGUGUUGUGGCUCGUCUUCGGGCUGGGGCCCAGCAUGGGCUUCUACCAGCGUUUUCCUAUCAGCUUCGGUUUCCAGCGCUUGAGGGGCCCCGACCGCACCUCGUCGCCCGCCUCGGGGCCCGCGGACGGGCCUGGGGUUCCGUCGGGGCCAUCGUGGCUCCAGCGGCCGGAGGUUGGGACGACGGCGGCCGGCCGGCACCAGGCUCCACGGCGACCCGGGCCGGGCGUGUGCGGCCCGGCCCACUGGGGCUACGUGCUGGGCGGCCGCGGCCGUGGCCGGGACGAGUACGAGAAGCGCUACAGUGGCGCCUUCCCGCCGCAGCUGCGUGCCCAGAUGCGCGACCUGGCGCGGGGCAUGUUCGUCUUCGGCUACGACAACUACAUGGCGCACGCCUUUCCCCAGGACGAGCUCAACCCCAUCCACUGCCGCGGCCGGGGGCCCGACCGCGGGGACCCUUCAAAUCUGAACAUCAAUGACGUGCUAGGGAAUUACUCAUUGACUCUUGUUGAUGCAUUGGAUACUCUUGCAAUAAUGGGAAAUUCAACUGAGUUCCAGAAAGCGGUCAAGUUAGUGAUCAACACCGUUUCAUUUGACAAAGAUUCCACUGUCCAAGUCUUUGAGGCCACAAUAAGGGUUCUUGGAAGCCUCCUUUCUGCUCAUAGAAUAAUAACUGACUCCAAGCAGCCUUUUGGUGACAUGACAAUUAAAGAUUAUGACAAUGAACUGUUGCACAUGGCUCACGACCUGGCAGUGAGGCUCCUCCCUGCCUUUGAAAACACCAAGACAGGGAUCCCCUAUCCGCGGGUGAAUUUAAAGACAGGUGUUCCUCCUGACAGCAAUAAUGAGACAUGCACGGCAGGUGCUGGUUCCCUCCUGGUGGAAUUUGGGAUUCUGAGUCGACUACUAGGAGACUCCACAUUUGAGUGGGUCGCCAGACGAGCAGUGAGAGCCCUCUGGAACCUCCGGAGCAACGACACGGGAUUAUUAGGCAAUGUUGUGAACAUCCAGACAGGCCACUGGGUUGGAAAGCAGAGUGGCUUGGGUGCUGGGCUGGACUCCUUCUAUGAAUACCUCUUGAAGUCUUACAUUCUCUUUGGAGAAAAAGAAGAUCUAGAAAUGUUUAAUGCUGCAUAUCAGAGCAUUCAGAACUACUUGAGAAGAGGGCGGGAAGCCUGUAAUGAAGGAGAAGGAGACCCCCCACUCUAUGUCAACGUGAACAUGUUCAGUGGGCAGCUCAUGAACACCUGGAUUGACUCUCUGCAGGCCUUCUUCCCUGGACUGCAGGUUCUGAUAGGAGAAGUGGAAGAUGCCAUCUGCCUCCACGCCUUUUACUACGCCAUAUGGAAACGGUACGGGGCCCUCCCCGAGAGGUACAACUGGCAGCUACAGGCCCCCGAUGUUCUCUUCUACCCUCUGAGACCAGAGUUAGUGGAAUCCACUUAUCUCCUCUACCAGCUGUUUGAUGAGGAGAAUCCAGUACACAAAUCUGGAACCAGAUACAUGUUUACAACUGAGGGCCACAUUAUAUCUGUGGACAAACAUCUUCGGGAAUUGCCUUGGAAGGAAUUCUUCUCUGAAGAUGGAGGGCAGGACCAAGAAGAAAAGUUUGUUCACAGGCCGAAAUCUCAUGAGUUAAAAGUCAUCAACUCUAGCUCCAACUGCAAUCGCGUUCCCGAUGAGAGGAGAUACUCCCUGCCCUUAAAGAGCAUCUACAUGCGUCAGAUUGACCAGAUGGUUGGCUUGGUAUGACCUGCUCCCUGCGUGGCUGAGUCUUAAACCAACCUAACCAGCUAAACCCAGACCACACCAAAAUCCAGUCUGAAGUAGAAGAGGUGGAAGUCUGGCUGCCAAUGACAGUAGAAAUCUCUGUCUUAACUCACUACCCACAUCUGGGUAAUUCUUGCAUACUUCAGUGUUUCUCUUCCAUUCAAUAAAAUGUCCUAUUUUUCUUAAGGAUGUAAUUAGAAGUGAGAAGGUACAUGAAAAUUGUUUUCUUUUGACAUGCUGAUGUUGCUAAGCACAGUAGAUGUGGCUUCUUUGGGUUGAUCUUCCCAGCUUCAUAGUUAGAAUCCAAGUCUCUUCACUUUGCCACCACUUGCCAUACUGCAGUAUUGCUACCUCUUUUUUUAGAGGAUUGGAAUGAAAUUCCUGUACAAAGGGCCUGAGAUUUACUUGUCAUCCUACUUAGUUGCAUUGAAAAUGUCAUCCUUUCUCUUACUAGAUUAUUGGGUUCUUCGCCAGAUAUCCAGUUAUUUGCUUCAGAAUAAUGAUCUAAACAGAAUUCUGAUAGACAGUCUCUUAAGUUGUGAUGUCAUGGUAUGUAUAAGAGGUUAACAGAUCUUUUGGGAGGCAUUUGCAUUUAUUUUGAACAUGAACUUGUCUGAGAAACUCUCGCAGUUCCAUAUCCAGGUGCCUUUUAGGGAGGAAAAAAACCCCUAAGUCAUCUGAGCUUCCAUCCUUCUCAUAUUUUCUAGCCAAGGAUUCUCAGUUCUGACCAUCUUUGAGUUAGAGUUUUGUUUUGCCUGUGUCUAGUGCCAAUUAGCUAAUCAGGGGUUCUGACCAUCUUUGAGUUAGAGUUUUGUUUUGUUUUUGUUGCCUGUGUCUAGUGCCAAUUAGCUAAUCAGGGAGAAAGAAAUGAUCAGAUGACUUUCUGACAUCUUUGAGCCAUUUCUCUGUGUAAUACAGGCUUUAGGCUAGUGCCUUAUAAGGUUUUGGUUUGGGCUAUUGGCCGUCACAACCACUGCUAUGGUUGCAGCUGGCUUUAUUGCCAUAUAACGAAACAACAGUGAAAGAGGGAGAGUAGGUGUUAGUGAAAUUCUGGAGAUUUUAUGGUCAGUCUUUGCCUUUCAGUCUGUUAUUUUUGCCAAGCGUAUAGAAAGAGGAAGUUGUGCUAAAAUGCCCUCUUUAAUUUUUGUUAUUUCUUUUUUUUUCUGGUGGUGGUACUAGGGUUUGAACUCGGGGCUUCAUACUUGUCGCUCUACCACUUGAGCCACUCCUCCAGCCUCUUAAUUUUUGUUAAUUUCUUUAGCCAGAACACUGAGUGCACCUACCAAGCAGGGAUGGACCUGACCCCUAGUCUGACAUCAGUGCACCAUCACAAGGUGAAAGGCAUCCUAAUUGAAAGGGUAGGAAGUCACCUGAAAUUCUCCAGCCUCAUACACCAUGCGUCUUACCUGUCAGUGGUUGCACACUUCACACAAUUUCCUUCCAGUCUUCUUAAAACUAGAAAAGCCCCAUUUAAGCCAUUGUAUUUUCAGUCAAAAGGGAAAAAUUUUAUUCAUUCUUGAAAAUUUAACUGUUAUUACUUUGAAAAUAGAUGUAUUAUUCAGUUCUUUGAUGUUUUUAGAAAGGGGAUUUUCAGUAGUAAAUGUGUCACCUUUUAAAUAUUUACUAUGCAGUUUGUUUUAAUGUAACAAAUAUGAACUGCUUCUGUUUUUUUCUUUUCAGAAGCAUUCUAUUUAUCAACGUCUCAUCUAUAGAAUAGAAAACUUUGAGAAUAUUACCUAUUUUUAAAGUUUUCAUUAAUUCAGUAGAAAUGUUAAACACACAUGUGUAUACAUGUGUCUUUGCACACCUAUACCUUUUCUCUAGGCAAACUGAGGUGCAACUAUGAAUGACCCACUUGGGACAAUGGGACAUAUCAGGGAAGGAAGUGAGUUCUUCAUGCCUCUGUUUCCUCUUGCUGCUCUCCCCAUCUUUCGCCCUAGCUUCUGUGGUGCGUAAGCACUCCAACAUUCCAGUUCUCAUCUGGACACUUUACCUGUCACUUUUGAGGAAGUUCAGGCAGUCUUCCUCCUUGUACUCUUGAAAUAGGGAUCUACACCACCACCCUUGAGUGCUGUUGAUGCAUCUUGGGGACAGGCGGAUGUGAAACAUGUUUUAAGUCUCAAACCCUCUUGGCUUCUGGGUACUGGACUUACACCAGUUGGUGAGGGUGAGUAGCGUACUGCCUGUUUAUCCUGGAUAUUGAGCUUCUAGACUAAAGUUCAGUGUCAUGUAAUCAGUGAUUUGUGGGGCCAGAUGCCAGAAUGCUGUCCACUACCAGUCAUAAAAGAAGGUUCUUUGAACCUAGCUUAGAGCUUGUUUUCUUUUUAAAAAUCAGAAUGUUAGCAACUGAUAUAUCUUGCAGAGUUUUUCCUAUUCCUUCUAUUUUGUGUUCUGAAAUAUUGGGUCGGGGAGAGCCAAAGAGAAAAAUGUCAGAGAAAUUCCCUUGUUCACUGUUUUCCCCCAGAAAUGCCUUGAGUCUGAACAGACUUUAUCCUUUGCAAGAGUUAUAAGGCUGGGCUAUCCUUAUUUCAUGAGUAGCUAGUGUCUGCAUUUGUCAGUGUGUUGAAAGAGGGUUUGCAAAACUGUUACAGUGGUUUUGCAAAAGCUACUGUAGAAAGCUACCUUCUGUUCAGGCUUGGUGGAGCCCUAGUCUCCCAUGAUGAAGUUUCAAACCAUUACAGACCUGCUGUAGAUAAUGUGACUGAGAAACUUCAUUCUCCUGAAAGAUAGAUUGACAAAGGAAUGCUUGCUAGCUCUGACUGCUCUGGCCGUUGUGAAAGCUGGCUUCUGUUUUCAAAUCCUUCCUUCACUUUCUUUCUAGCUCUUUUGCCAGAGUUUGCUCUUUGUGACUGAAUACCUGGUUCAGAUUUCCUGAGCUUUUCUUCUGGAUCAUGGACUGCACAUGUGACACCUAAAUAAUCUUCUAUGUAUAUAAGGAAAAACUUACCACAGUGGUAUCUUUGCAGAUGAAUGUUAGCAGAGAGUCCAUAGUUACUUGAUUUGGUAAAUGUGGUUAUGCAACCUGAGGGCAUAGGAUUGGAUUCCCUUUUCUUCCUUCUCAGCCCCACAAAAGAAAAGCACACCUCUUAAUUAUCUCUUAGCUUAGUUAAGUGAAUGACUGCCAACUGUAACUCUUCCCUUUGGAUUCUGUAGUCUCAACAUCAAACAUUCCUUUCUUCUGGAGGGCUCUAGAGCUCUUUUUCUUUUGAAAUGUUCACAUUUAGCACUGGUAGGUAGAAGGUAGGGCCAAAUGAUUACCUUAGGCACAGAGUGGCUGAGCAGGGACUUUGGAAGAAAAUCCUGAUCUUUGCUUUCCCAUUCCAAGACAUCCAGCUCCUACUAGUGCCUCUUCCCUGCAGUGCAGGAACCCUGUGUGAACGUGAGAAGGUAGGGUGGGCUGGGCCAUGUGCUCCCAGCUCUACAGGGCUCAGGGUUAUGCUCCCACUUGAAUUUGGAUGUGAAUCUGGUAGAAAUGUCAAGUACCUGUGGAACUCGCUGAUUCACUACUCUCUUCCCUCUUUCUGACAGGCAGAGGAAUAUUUUUUUAAAGGUAUUUUGUUUUAGUGUUAAAUGGUAAAACACAAGCUGCAUUUUUAUUUAUUAUACAUGAGAAAAGUAAAUCUGUUUUUACAAAAACUCUAGAGUUGGAAACUCUGGGAAAACUUACUGAAGUACACAAAUGCUUCUCUUUCUGUAAUGUGCAAUAUGCUUUGCAACCAUAGAGACUAUUUUAUGUUUAAUCUGUAAAUAAGAAAUGUAUUUAAAUAAAAAGGGAGCUUUUUGUAGAAGGACCAAAUGUUCUUUUAUAAAUAUACUAAGGAAUAUC